GUGAAACACAUCAGUGCUACUCACACUUGUCAAAUUAACGUGUGCCUACAAGCAUUGGGUAGGUUGUUUGACAUGCCAGCUUUCAAUCGUAGGCUUCCAGAGAGUGCUUGCAUUGUAGAGCGCCACCGAGCAGAUCUCAUUGGACGCAUUACCCAAGUGAUGCCUCUGGCUGACAGGCUGCGGUCACUGGGCAUGCUCCAUGUAGAGGCCUACGAAGAGAUCCGCGCAGCCAAGACCAGCCAGGAGAAAAUGAGGGAGCUCUUCAAAGCUCUGGACUCAGGGGGGGACAGAGUCAAAUCUGCCUUUUACUGCACGCUCAGAGAUAUCCAUCCCUACCUGCUUCAAGACCUGGAGGGCCAGGCGAACAGGAGCAGAAGGAAACAUUUGCCCAGCCCUCCUCUCGCCCCCGAGGGGAUGAGAGGCAAGCACACAGUAACUGAAGUCCCAAGGGGACCGACACUAAUGCAGAUCCUAGCUUCCUUUUGUUUCCUCCUUCCUUUCCUCCACCUCAUAGGGCAAUUUAGUCAAGGCUGGAUGGAAAGGUAGGAACAGUGCCCUCCGAAGUAGGUGCUGUACAAUUUCCGUUCAAUUUCUAGGAAAAAGCCUAGAAAUGGCAUGGAUGGGAAUAAUUUAAAGGGACACCAGGCAAGCCUGAUGCUUUUUCUCUACGAAACUCCCCCUAGCGUCUGUAUGUGUCUAUACGAGUGCGAGCCCACACUCGGUCUGAAGCUCUUUUCCUUUUCUUUGCAUCUUCCGUCAAGGGUUAGCCUGCCUCUGUGCUGGGGAUGCAGGAUGUAAACUGAUCCUGCUUCUCACAAUGUCUGAGACUUUGUGAGACUGCAGGGCGGGUCGGAUACACCAAACUUGCAAGCAGGAUAUUCUUCCUACAGACAGUAGGGGCGGGCGAGAGAGUCUUCAUUUGCCCUGCAAUGAGUCAUUUAACCAUAUACCGAAGAUAAUUAAUUAACACACAAACGUUGCCUGGUGUCCCUUUAAAUUUAGAGUGUAUGAUUUAAGAUGAUCUAGCAGAAUGGAAUACUGUAGUAUUAAAACAGAACACACACACACAGUCUAUGUGUGUAUCUUUGCAUUUGUACAUGUGUGAGUGUGUGCAUAUUAUGUGUGUCUGUGUGUGUUGGAUUGUGUGUAUGUGUGCAUGCUGCAAUGUAUUGUAGUACUUCAACAGUGUGUUGUAGUACUUCAACAAAUGUGCUCCAUUGGAUCUGUUUUAUGGGAUAUAUGUUGUAAGGAAUUUCAAGAUGGUAUCAGUGUCAACGCUGCUGUUUGUAUUUAUUUACAAGAUAUUGGAGGGCCUGGGAUGAGGACAACACACACCACACCAACGUGGCCAACGCAAUCUACGUAGAAUUAAGAGGACCAC